AUGGUCUUCACUGACUCUAUGGGAUCGGCCCAUAGAGCGGUUGACCCUUCUGUGCACUCCGGUCAGGCUUUUAGCCUGUCAGUUUGUCGCACUCUCCAAGAGUGGUUCAAAGCGGAUGACCUCUGCCGCAUCACCUUCGUCUACGUCCUGUCUGCUCUGCGAUGGGAUAUUCAUGGUGACGCACACAAGUACGUCACCAAACUCAAAGUCAGGACUGGACGUCGCAAGACGGACAAUUCUAUAGACGCGCUACGCUCACGAGCCGUGCACUCAGUCCUGGAUUUGUGGAGUUCCACUUUCCAGGAUCCAACCUACCAAGGCUCUGAAUUCUUAGAGCUUCAACAGCCUGACGGGCGGCCACUACAGCCAUCGUACCUCAAUGGGGGACCUUGGCUCUCAACAUUCGGACACAGUAUCACUGAGUUCGCCCGCGUUUGCCGGUGUAUAACUGGCCAUGCACCCAUUGGAGCGUAUUAUCAUUGCUUCAAGAUCAACGAGCCUCAUGGCUGCACUUGCGGGGCUGCUUUGCAGUCUCGCCAGCACGUCCUCUUUUGCUGUCGCAAUCGCUACUCCGUGCAUUACCCCCGCUUUCUUGGGGAUAUUGCAUCUUUAUGA